UGUCAGUAGAACGCAGGUAGUGAGAGCCAGCCAACCUGUUUUAUAUUUUUUUGCAUUGGCAAUAUCUUUCCUGUAGCUGUUCAAGGCAAUAAUGAAGUCUCCAUGUGGGAUAUGGAAACUGGCGAUCGACGCUUCACUUUGUGGGCCAGCAGUGCGCCUCCUCUUUCAGAACUGCAGCCUUCUCCUCAUAGCAUCCAUGGAAUAUACUGUAGUCCAGCAUCUGGUAAUCCCAUAUUACUGACAGCAGGCUCAGACAUGAAAAUAAGGUUUUGGGAUCUAGCCUACCCCGAGAGAUCAUAUGUUGUUGCCGGAAGUUCUAAUUGCCCAUCUGUUUCCUACUACAGGAAGAUAAUUGAGGGCACGGAGGUGGUUCAGGAAAUUCAAAACAAGCAAAAACUGGGUCCCACUGAUGAGACCCCUCGGAAGGGUCCAGAGUCUCUCCCCGUUGGACAUCAUGAUAUUAUCACAGAUAUCGCAACUUUCCAGACCACACAAGGAUUUAUAGUAACUGCAUCAAGGGAUGGAAUUGUCAAAGUGUGGAAAUAAAAGUUGUACUAAUAUAUAGUAUGUAAAUAUUUGUAAUAAAGAAAUAGUGUUAUAAUGAAGUUUUCAAGGACUGUUUCCAGAUCAUGGAAUAGAAUGGACUUUAAAGACUGUAAAGGUGAUGAUAAAAUUGGUUAUCUGUAUCCUACCACCCUGUUAGCACCUCUUAAUCACUUCUUUAAUAAAAGAUGUUUGGUAUCUAUAGCAUUUCCUUGAAAUACUAAGCAGUCUAUGAAGAAAUCAUUUAGCCUGGUUUUGACUACAUUGUUCUUCAAGGAUAUUUCAGAAAGUUAUUUAAAGACAUCCCACAUUACACAUUCUAAACGUGCAAAGAGCUGGUACAAAUACUUCAGCGUCUGACUGCUCCUAUGUUGAAUUUGAGAAAUGAAAUAAGAACCAGUGCACUAAUGUCCCUGUACAUUCUAAUAACUAUAAUAAAGUCCACUUGAGCUUCCCU